CUUCCGGUUCAAGAUGGCUACCCACAUUACUUUUGACGAAGCGAGAACCAUCUUAAAGAAAAUGAGAGAUGAACAAGUUCGAGAUGGUGAUAUGGUGGUUAAAUUAUGGGAAGGAUUUUUAAUACAUCAUUCACAUAAACUAGCUGAUGAAUUAUGGAUGGUGUAUGAACAAGUUUGUAUAGCUGCUUUAGACUGUAGGAGACUGGAUUUAGCAGAGGAAUGUAUAGAAGCAUUACAGUAUAAAUUUCCAGAUAGUAUGCGAGUAAAAAGAUUAGAAGGUCUUUUCUAUGAAGCUGAUGGCAGAUAUAAUGAAGCUGAUAAACUAUAUACAGAAAUAAUAGAAAAAGAUAAUACUAACAUGAUUGCUAGGAAACGCCAAGUGGCCAUUUUAAAAGCACAGGGUAAAAUGGCCGAAGCGAUACAGAAAUUGAACGAAUAUUUAAGAAAAUUUAUGACAGAUUAUGAGUCGUGGAUGGAAUUAUGUGAUUUAUAUUUAUGUGAAUUUGACUACAGUAAUGCAGCUUUCUGUAUGGAGGAAGUCAUAAUGUCUAAUCCACAUAAUCAUCUCUUCCAUCAAAAAUAUGCAGAGAUUCGAUAUACAAUGGGUGGAGCAGAAAAUAUGGAAUUAGCCAGAAGUUAUUUUGCUCAAGCUGUUAAAUUAAAUCCCAAUAAUACUCGAGCAUUAAAUGGUGUUUUAUUGGCAGCAACAAAUCUAGCUACCGCAUAUAGUAAAGGUGCCAAAGAAAAACAGAUCAACGCUCGUUACGCAUCAUGGGCAGAAGAACAAUUAACAGUUAAAUAUAAGACUCAAGCUACAGAUGAACAGAGGAAAGAAACAAAAGUUUUAGAGUCUUUAAGAAAAUUAUUAGAAUUAUCUCAAAGUGUUGGGGGUAGUUAAAUUAUUGAUCCAGUCUCAAACUUCAUUGGGUCAAAGGUGAAAUUGAUCUGAAAUUAUCUCGAAUCAUAUUCCACGAUUGGUUGUAAUUUAUUGAAGAGGCUUUAACUCUUUUAAACAAGAAGAUGAAUUUUACUAAUUUGAUAUAUUGUAUCCAUAAUAACCUAAUUAUCAUAAUUUAUGCACAAGCCAAGUUGGAGAAAAACAUUUUGCACUAGCUGAACUUAGAGAAAAACAUUCUGCACUAGCCAAACUUGGAGAAAAACAUUUUUAACUAACCAACUAAGAGACAACCUUUUCGGACAGGCUUUUAAUGAAUUGUUUUGGAGAUGUCAGGGUCUCAAUUGUCUGUCCAGGAAUGUUCCAAAUAGUAGGGUUACCAAUGCAGUCAGACAUUUGCUCUAUUGAAAGUUAAACCUACUUCUGCGAAUGCUCAAGUUCAAAUAAUCUGAAUUGAUUACAUGACAUAGAGAUGCACAAUUGUACAUUGUAAGAGGUCGCUUGUAGUAACCUAUAAAUAGUCAUUGUACAUAACUAAUAAAGCCCUAAAAAAAUCUAAUGUUAAUGAUUCAGAAUUACAGUAAGGUUUAGCUUGUUGCAGCAGAUAUUUAAAAUAAAAUUUUUUUUUUUUUUUUUUUUUUCAAUUACCGGUAGAGCUAUUAGGAGAGUCAUCUUUUGGUUUAGAUUUUCUCUCCAUGGAAAUAGUUGGCAAUAUCUUGACGAUUAUUUUGUAUUUCAAAUAGUUGGACAGGAUUAGGAGUGGAGUUCUAAGAGUCUUUUAAACAAACUUUAUAAUUUAUAAAAAUUGGGGUAUAUAUAUUGACAUCAUGAUGUAAAUAUAAUCAAAAGUGUUAUGUUAACUAUUUAUGUUAGAUAAAACCAAUCAUGUCAAUUUCAUAUAUCAUAAUUUCAUUAUCAUGUACAUUGUCAGAUAAAAAUUGUAAUUGUUAUUAAUCGAUGUUGUAAUUAACUAUAAUUGUUAUUAUCAGAUGAACGUUGGAAUAAAUUGUGCUGAUUGUUGCUUUAGAAUGUGCCGAACCAACCAUAGUUUUUAAAGUUGUAAUUAAUUAUCAAUUGCAUAUUAUAAUUAAUUAUCAGAAGCAUGUUAUGUUGUAAUUAAUUAAUUAUCAGAAGCAUGUUUUGUUGUAAUUAAUUAUCAGAUGCAUGUUGUAAUUAAUUAUCAGAUGCAUGUUGUAAUUAAUUAUCAGAUGCAUAUUGUAAUUAAUUAAACAUCAUAUGUAUAUUGUGAUUAAUUAAUUAUCAGAUACAUAUGUAAUUAAUUAAGUAUCAUAAGUACAUUGUAAUUAAUUAUUAGAGGCAUAUAUUGUAAUUACCAGAUGCAUAUUGUAAUUAAUUAUCAGAUGCUUAUUGGAAUUCAUUAAAUAAUUAUCAGAAAAAUAUUGUAAUUAAUUAUCAGAAAAAUUGUAAUUAAUUAUCAGAAAAUUGUAAUUAAUUAUCAGAAAAAUUGUAAUUAAUUAUCAGAAAAAUAUUGUAAUUUACUAAUGCUCUGAUGUAGAUUGUAAUUAAUUGUGCGGAAUGUUUUGUUGACCCCUUUAUAAACAAGCCUGCAUGUAACAGUUGGCGUUCUGAGACAAUUUUCCAUUAUGCAUUAUUUAUCUAGGUAUUAUAAUUACAUACUCUUAUAGCAAAUUAUUUGAUCAGUAAUAAUUAAACAUAAAAGUUCCAUCUUCUAUACAAUUUGACCUGUAAUUAGUCAUUACAUGCAAUAGACAAAUUUUUGCACUGUGGUGCUAGCAUCAUACAGGGUCUAGUCACCCCUAGCGUUCUCGUCUUGAUGACAGUUGAUUUGUCACUGGAAUCUAGACGUAGUCAACCUUGUUUUUGUCAUACUCAUGAUAACUUGAUGUAAAAUAAAAUGGUUUUGAAUAGA